AUGUCUUUCCCUAUCCCGCGGUCUUUACCUCGGCUUCUUCGCUCCUACGGGACCGUCCAGGGCCCUCCCAGUGCUGCCUCUAUCGCCGGUCGAGUACCCAGUGUUCUGGUUGAGGCUACCAAUGCUACCACCCCUCGUAUUACCUGGACUCGGGAGGAAGUCUCUCAGAUUUACAACACACCCUUGAACCAACUCACAUAUGCCUCGGUAAGUCAACUCGACUGCAUCAUCCCGAAGCUUCCGUCUGGAGCUUCAAUUGCACCACCCCAAGACGAACACAUCACGGAAGACCAAGCUAAUGCCUCCCAGGCCGCCGUGCACCGUCGGUUUCACGACCCCUCCGCCAUCCAGAUGUGCACACUGAUGAACAUCAAAACGGGUGGCUGCAGCGAGGACUGCUCUUACUGCGCCCAGUCCUCUCGGCACGACACGGGACUCAAGGCCACCAAAAUGAGCCCUGUAGAAGACGUGCUCGAGAAAGCCCGAAACGCCAAGGCAAAUGGCAGUACUCGCUUCUGCAUGGGCGCCGCCUGGCGCGACAUGCGCGGCCGUAAAACAAGCCUGAAGAAUGUGAAGCUCAUGGUCUCCGGAAUCCGGGAGAUGGGCAUGGAAGUCUGCGUGACCCUCGGUAUGAUCGACCAGCACCAAGCCAAGGAACUCAAAGACGCCGGCCUAACAGCAUACAACCACAAUCUCGAUACCUCUCGUGAAUUCUACCCCAACGUCAUCACCACCCGUUCCUACGACGAGCGUCUCCGCACACUGGAUCACGUCCGUGACGCAGGCAUCAACGUCUGCUCCGGCGGAAUCCUCGGCCUAGGCGAGACCGACGCAGACCGCGUUGGUCUCCUGCACACAGUCUCCAGCCUGCCCAAGCACCCGGAAUCAUUCCCCGUCAAUGCUCUAGUCCCCAUCCCCGGAACGCCCCUCGGAGACAGGAAAAUGGUCCCAUUCGACCGUCUCCUUCGAACCGUCGCAACUGCCCGUAUCGUUAUGCCCGCUACCAUCGUCCGCCUCGCUGCCGGCCGCAUCGCUCUGACCGAGGAACAGCAGGUCGCCUGCUUCAACGCUGGUGCUAAUGCCGUGUUCACUGGAGAAAAGAUGUUGACUACGGACUGCAAUGGCUGGGGCGAGGAUCGUGUCAUGUUCGACCGUUGGGGCUAUUACCCCAUGAAGAGCUUUGAGAGACCGGAGCCUAAGCAGGCUGCCGAGACUACGACCCCGCCUCCUGCGGAUUCUGAGGCUGCCGCGCAGGUCGCGGCUAGCUCUUAG